CACUACACGCGCGUCUUCUGCCUGUGAUUUGGUUUAUUUCCGGACAAGUGCCUCCAGUGCAUCCAUUGUUCUUUUCCUCUUUACUUGUUCUCUCCUUACCCUGUACACGAUUUGUAAAGUGGCCGGGUUCCCCGGUCGGACCGGAGACCGCCCGGUGGACCCCGCGCGGCUAAUCGGGGCCAGGCUUAGUGACGCGCGGAUCAGCCCCGAGCCGCAGCCGCCGCACGCGCCACCGUCGCCGCGGACACACGCGCGCCCCAUGGAGCUGACGGACGGGGACGGGAUGGACAAACCGGAGGACAUGUCCUCGGUGUACGAGUUCGAUCCAAUCACGGGAAACAUCCCGGCCACAAAGGUGGAAAUAACGGUCUCGUGCAGAGACCUGUUGGAUAAAGACACAUUCUCUAAAUCAGACCCUUUGUGUGUGCUCUACACCCAAGGAGUGGAAACUAAGCAAUGGAGAGAGUUUGGCCGGACCGAGGUGAUAGACAACACCCUGAACCCAGACUUUGUCCGGAAGUAUAUCUUGGACUACUUCUUUGAGGAGAAGCAGAAUCUUCGCUUCGACUUGUAUGAUGUUGACUCCAAAAGUCCUGACUUGUCCAAACAUCCCUCGGAGCUCGACGAUUUUUUAGGUCAGGCAUUCUGCACUCUAGGAGAGAUUGUUGGAUCGCCAGCUAGCCGACUGGAGAAGUCUUUGGGAGGGAUCCCUGGGAAGAAAUGUGGCAGCAUCAUCCUGUCUGCAGAGGAGCUGAGCAACUGUCGAGUGAGUACAAACAGCCCUGUUCCACCAGCCAGCUGUUGUAUCGUAGACACAUUCAGACUAUUUGAUAUCAUUAAAUUGCUGGAAUAAAAUUUAUUGAAAUGUAUAGUUAGGUGUUCGAGCAGCGAAGCUGCUUGGUCCCCUAUUGUUUCUGUACCGUUC